AUGGCGGCUGCAGGUGGGGGUGGUAAGGAUAAGUAUAAAAAUGCCCAGGAUGCCAAGCAUCUUUUGGAUAUAAUUGGAGAAGAUAUAUACAAAAUAGCAAAUGAUGCUGCUCUAAAACGUAGUGGGAGUGAGUUAAAAGGAUUGUUGUCACUAGCAAAAUUUGAGAAAAAUCCACCGGAUAAACAAACACCAGAAGAUCCAUGCGAUCUUGAUUAUAAAUAUCAUACUAAUGUUACUAGUAACGUAAUUGAACCGUGCAACAAAAGAUCAGGAAAACGUUUUUCUGAAGUAAGUGGCGCAGAAUGUGCUAAUAAUAGAAUAAAAGGUAAUAAAGGUAGUAAUGGUGACGCUUGCGCGCCGUUCAGACGAUUACAUGUAUGCGACAGAAACCUAGAACAGAUAGAUCCUGCAAAAAUAACAGCAACACAUAAUUUAUUGGUAGAUGUGUGUCAGGCAGCAAAAUUUGAAGGACAAUCAAUAACACAAGAUUAUCCAAAAUAUCUAGCAACAUAUAAUGAUUCUCCUUCUCAAAUAUGUACUAUGUUGGCACGAAGUUUUGCUGAUAUUGGAGACAUUGUACGCGGCAAAGAUCUAUUUCGUGGUUAUGAUGAUGAAGAAAAAAAUCGAAGAAAAAAAUUAGAACAGAAAUUGAAAGUUAUUUUCGGGCAUAUAUAUGAAGAAUUGAAGAAGCACAAAAAGCUUAAGGAGGAAGCAGAAGAACGCUACAAAAAAGACGGUGAUAAUUAUUAUAAAUUACGAGAAGAUUGGUGGGCACUUAAUAGACAAGAAAUAUGGAAAGCUAUCACGUGCGGACAUCCGGGUGGUACAUAUUUUCGACAAACAGCGUGUGGUGGAGGAACAACUCCGACUCCUAAUAAAUGCCGAUGUGCGACAAAUGAUGUACCUACAUAUUUUGAUUAUGUGCCGCAGUAUCUUCGCUGGUUCGAGGAAUGGGCAGAAGAUUUUUGUCGUAAACGAAAAUAUAAAUUAGAAAAUGCUAUAGAAAAAUGUCGUGGAAAAACGAAAGGUGAGAAAUAUUGUGAUCUUAAUGGAUUUGAUUGUACGCAAACAGCUAGCGGAGAAAAGAAAUUUGUUAAAGGUCAUAAUUGCCAUAACUGUUCUGUUACAUGUAUUCCCUUUGGGCCCUGGAUAGAUAACCAAAAAAAAGAAUUUUUAAAACAAAGAAAUAAAUACCAAAAUGAAAUAUCAAGUAAUAGUAGGAAAAAAAGAAGUACAAGUAAUAAUAAUUAUAAAGGAUAUGAUGAAGAAUUUUAUAAAAUACUUAAAGAGGAUUAUGGAGAUGUCGAACAGUUUUUAGAAAAAUUAAGUAGAGAAGGAAUAUGUCAAUCUCAACCUACAGUAGGAAAUCAAAAAGCAGACGCUGCUAAUUUCACUAAAGAUAAUCCUGCAAAAACAUUUUCUCAUACGGAAUAUUGCCAAGCAUGUCCAUGGUGUGGAGUUGUUUGCAAGAGUGGUAACUGUACAAAAAACCCAGAAGGAUCAUGCACCGAACAAAUUCGAAAGAAAGUUUACGAUGAUUCAAAUACUACCACUAUACCAGUACUUACCCCAGAAAAAGGAAAGACAAGUAUACUACAAAAAUAUAAAACGUUUUGUGAAAAACCUGAAAAGCAUAACCAAAUUAAUAAUUGGGAAUGUCAUUAUGAAAAAACCGAUAUAAGUAAUAAUUGCAUACUAGGAAAAUGGGAAAAGUUUCAAAAGGGACAAGAAGUUAUGGUCUAUCAUCCUUUUUUUUGGAAGUGGGUUACCGAAAUGUUGGACGAUUCUAUAAAAUGGAGGAAAGAACUUGAUAAUUGCCUAAAAAAUGAGAACAAACAAUGUAUAAGCAAAUGUAAUGGUAAAUGUGAUUGUUAUAAACGAUGGGUUGAACAAAAAAAAGAAAAGGAAUGGACACAAAUAAAAGACCAUUUUGGCAAGCAAGAAGAUAUGAAAGAACAAAUUCGAGGAGCAGAUCCUGGCAUAAUUCUUGAAGGUGUUUUGGACAUAGAGGAUCUUUUCGAAAAUAUUAAAGAUACUUAUGGGGACGUAAAAGAAAUAGAUCACAUUAAGAAACUGUUGGAAGAAGAAACAACUGUUGAUGCCGACAAUCAAAAUAAGACCACAAUUGAUAAAUUGCUCGAUCACGAAGAUAAAGAUGCCAAAGGAUGCCUACAAAAACAGAAUGAAUGCAAAGAACAAGAACGAGAUGGUGGUGCCCGCUCGGACUCCCAGGAACCCACACCACGUUCUGAAGUUAAACCCGACUCAGAAGACCUCGACGACGACGACGAAGACGACCCCGACGAGGAGAAGUCGGAGGAGGUGGAAAACCCGGAAGACCAGGGGGAGGAGGAAGGCACAAAACAGGGGUCGGGGGAAAAGAAGGUGGAUGGGACAGAGGCCGUACAAGAAACCGUCGCAGAGGUAACACCGGAAAAAAAAGACGAGGUGAAUCCAUGUGAAAUAGUAAAAACACUAUUUGAAAAACCGGAAAAUUUGUCCGACGCUUGUGGUCUAAAAUACGGCCCAGGCGGAAAAGAAAGAUACAGUCAAUGGAAGUGCAUACCAACCAAACCAAAUAGUGACAACAAGGGCGAGGUUGGUAGUGCUGGUCGUGUCGCACGUAGUGCCCCUAGUGGUGAAAAAGGUUCCAUUUGUGUGCCACCCAGGAGACGACGAUUAUAUGUAAAGGAUUUAGAAACACUUGGUGAUAGUGAAGUAACACAAGUACAAUUACGAGAUGCUUUUAUUAAAUGUGCUGCCGUUGAAACCUUCUUCCUAUGGGAUAGAUAUAAAAAAGAAAAAGAGAAAAAAAAACCACAAGAAGGUGUGUUACAACUACUCGGCACAGUUGGUACCCCCCCUACUGAUGAUGAGGAGGACCCCCCCGAAAAAAUGUUACAAAAAGGUGAAAUCCCUGAAGAAUUUAAGCGUCAGAUGUUCUAUACAUUAGCAGACUACAAAGAUAUAUUAUUUGGUGAUCAAGAGGUGAUUAAGACGCUAAAAGAUAGUGGUGAUGAAAAUAUAAAAGAUAUAUCGGAGAAAAUAAAAAAAACUUUAAACGGUGACAACAACCAAGAAAGUGGUAGCUCCCCAUCUCUUAGUGGCAAAAAAACCACACCAAAAGACUGGUGGGAAACAUAUGGAAAAGAUAUUUGGGAAGGAAUGGUUUGUGCUCUAACAUAUAAAAAUAGUGGAGACAAAAAAAUAGAACAGGUUAAAACUGCGGACGACGGCGAAGAUCUUUUCCAAAAACUCAAAACCCAAUACGAAUACAACACCGUCACACUUAAAGAUGAAAAUAGUGGUACUGAAGGCGCCAAACCCUUCACCCCCAAAACCGUCUCAUCCUCUAGUGGUGAAAAAAACCCCCCCAAAUUGAGUGAUUUCGUGUUACGCCCCCCCUACUUCCGAUACCUUGAAGAAUGGGGUGAAACAUUUUGUCGACAAAGGGCGCGGAUGUUGGAUAAGAUUAAAAAAGAUUGCAACGUGGAAGAAAAUGAUAACCGUCCUGGUGGUGGUAUAACAAAACAAUAUAGUGGGGAUGGAGAAAGUUGUAAAGAUUAUCUUCCUGACGAUCCUACUACACUUCCGGAUUUAGUUUCCAGUUGUCCCAAAUCUUGUAGUUCUUAUAGAAAAUGGAUAAAUAAAAAAAAAGACGAAUUCGUUGAACAACAAAAUGCAUAUACUGAACAACAAAAUAAAUGCCAAUCGAAAAGUGAUAAAGCUAAAAGUGAUAAUGGAUUUUAUACAAGAUUACAAAAUCUCCCUGACGCUGCAGCAUUUUUAAAAACGUUAGGAUCAUGUUCUAAAAAUGAUAUUCCAGAGUAUAAAAUAGAUUUUGAUGUAAACGGCGAAACAUUUAGAUAUGAAAAAUAUUGUGGUACAUGUCCUGAAUUUAAAAUAAAUUGUACAAAAGUUAAAUGCACUAGUGGUGAUAUGCAAAAUGGGUGCAAAGAUAAUAAAAUUAAUGCAGCAAAUUUUAAAACAAUGGCACAAUCUACUGAAAUAAAUAUGCUUGUGAGUGAUAACAGUGGAAAUGGAUCUCAAAAUGAUUUAAAGGAUUGUAAAACUUCAGGUAUCUUUAAAGGUUUUAGAGAAGAUGUAUGGACAUGUGGUAAGGUAUGUGGUUAUAAUGUAUGUAAACCGAAAAAUGUUAAUGGGCAAAACGGUGAUGGGAAUCAAAUUUUAUUAUUCAAUGCAUUGCUUAAACGUUGGGUAGAAUAUUUUUUAGAGGAUUAUAAGAAAAUUAAACAUAAAAUUUCACAUUGUAAGAAUAGUAGUGAAGGACACACAUGUAUAAAAAAUUGUGUAGAACAAUGGAUAAGUACGAAAAGGACAGAAUGGGAGACUAUACGAGGUCGUUUCAAUGAUCAAUAUAAAAGUAAUGAUUCAGAUGUUUACCCAGUGAGAAGUUUUUUGGAGACCUGGAUACCUAAAAUUCCUGUUGCAAACGCUAACAAUGAUGGUAAAAAGUUAAUAAAAUUAAGUAAGUUCGAUAAUUUUUGUUCAUGUAGUGCCAGUGCGCACUCACCAAAUGGUAAAGACGAUGCUAUAGAUUGUAUGAUUAAUAGACUUCAAGAUAAAAUUGAUAAGUGUAAAGAGAAACACCCCCAACCUAGUGCCGAAAACCAAACAACUUGUGAUGAAUCCACCCUCGUUGAAGACGUUGAUGAUUAUGAGGAACAAAACCCAGAAAACAAAGUGGGAAAACCAGCAAUUUGUGGAAAUGUGGAUACAACAGAACCAGUCAAAGAGGAAGAUGAAGAGGAAUGUAAAGCUGCAGAAUCCCCUGCUGAACCCGAACAAGCUGCAGAAGAAGAAAGUGUACCAGCAGCAGAAACCAAAGACACAGAGAACCAACCCCCACAGGCACCAGACGUGGGACCUCCACCCCUGGCACCGGCCCCUGCGGAUCAACCUUUGGACCCGACUAUCCUACAAACGACUAUUCCUUUUGGAAUAGCUAUUGCGUUAACUUCGAUAGUGUUUUUAUUUUUGAAGAAAAAAACCAAAUCUACUAUUGAUCUUUUGCGUGUUAUUAAUAUACCCAAAAGUGAUUAUGAUAUACCGACAAAACUUUCACCCAAUAGAUAUAUACCUUAUACUAGUGGUAAAUACAGAGGCAAACGGUACAUUUACCUUGAAGGAGAUAGUGGAACUGAUAGUGGUUACACCGAUCAUUAUAGUGAUAUUACUUCAUCUUCCGAAAGUGAGUAUGAAGAAUUGGAUAUUAAUGAUAUAUAUGUACCACGUGCUCCUAAAUAUAAAACAUUGAUUGAAGUAGUACUUGAACCUAGUGGUAACAACACAACAGCUAGUGGUAACAACACAACAGCUAGUGAUACACAAAAUGAUAUACAAAAUGAUAUACCUAGUGAUAUACCAAAAACACCUAGUGAUACACCACCACCCAUUACUGAUGAUGAGUGGAAUCAAUUGAAAGAUGAAUUUAUAUCACAAUAUCUACAAAGUGAACAACCAAAGGAUGUACCAAAUGAUUAUAGUAGUGGAGAUAUUCCAUUGAAUACACAACCGAAUACUUUAUAUUUUGAUAAACCUCAAGAAAAACCUUUUAUUACUUCUAUUCAUGAUAGAAAUUUAUAUAGUGGAGAAGAAUACAAUUAUGAUAUGUUUAAUAGUGGUAAAAAUGGUCCAUAUAGUGAUAAAAAUGAUUUAUAUAGUGGUAAUCAUGAUUCAUUAAGUGGUAAUCGUGAUCCAACAAGUGCUAACCAUGAUUCUUAUAGUGGUAACCAUCAUCCUUAUAGUGGUAUAGAUUUAAUUAAUGAUUCGAUAAGUGGUAAUCAACAUAUUGAUAUAUAUGAUGAAUUGUUGAAAAGAAAAGAAAACGAAUUAUUUGGGACAAAUAAUCCAAAACGUACAAGUACAUAUAGUGUUGCCAAACUAACAAAUAGUGACCCCAUCCACAACCAACUGGAACUAUUCCAUACAUGGCUAGAUAGACAUAGAGAUAUGUGCGAAAAGUGGGAAAAUCAUCACGAACGAUUAGCCAAAUUGAAAGAAGAGUGGGAAAAUGAGACACAUAGUGGUAACACUCACCCUAGUGAUAGUAACAAAACGUUAAAUACUGAUGUUUCUAUUCAGAUAGAUAUGGAUCAUGAAAAACGAAUGAAGGAAUUUACUAAUAUGGAUACUAUCUUGGAGGAUCUGGACAAACCAUUUAAUGAACCCUACUAUUAUGAUAUGUAUGACGAUGAUAUUUAUUAUGAUGUAAAUGAUCAUGAUACAUCAACUGUGGAUAGUAAUGCUAUGGAUGUACCCAGUAAAGUACAAAUUGAAAUGGAUGUAAAUACAAAAUUGGUGAAAGAGAAAUAUCCUAUAGGAGAUGUAUGGGAUAUAUAA